ACAGUACGAAGCUGUCACUCUGAUCUCAGCUGUCAUUAUCAGGCAAGCAUACCUGGACAUGGCGAUUCACUUCGUCAGAGCACAGAACCGCUUUCUUCAUCCAGAGCAGCAAAAGAUGCCGGCUCACCGAGGCGGGCAACACCCAUCGCCAUUAUUGCUCUCCGUGACAGCUCAGCUCAUUUCAUGGGUCCCUGAAUGCUUGCUGAACAUGUCGCAAGCCUCGUGCGACCGGCACCACCAACCCCCCAGCUACCAGCCCGACGCGCCACCUCGGAGAACCCACAGCAGCCCAGCGAUCCACCGGGAAGAUAACAACAUACUUUGGGGUCAUCAUCCAUGCUCGUAUAGUCCCGGGCAGCAGGGGAAGGGGGGGGGUGCGAGGCUCUUGUGGUCCUCGAUAGUUCGAACACCUGUCACUUGUCAGUUUUGCGGCAAACUCCGGCCACAGGACAGGGUCGAGCCUUGUUCUCUCUCUCUUUUCCGUGACUCCCUUGUCCUCCCAUGUGGUUUUUGGUUCGGGGUUGUUGUACGCCAGGUGUGUGGAUUUGUUUUUUUUUCAUAAUGGUGCCCGUGUAGCACAAAAGCAGCAGGGUCUUUUCCGAACACAGAAACCCGAAAACGAAAGAACAGUGCUGCUGAUGGGGCCCAAUUCCAGGCCUCCCCCCUUCAUCCUUGCACGACGACCACCCGUCGGUGAAGGGGCAUCGUCCGACUGAGCGAGUCAAGAUGCCCGACCAAAAAAGAUAGCACGGACGCUCGUUUCACACUUCAAGGACGAUAGAUGUUAAGGUUUGAUUUUUUCUGGAGUAUCGAUGGGGGAAGGGGGGGCCCUCUUUCGGCUCUUUUUUGCCUGGUGUCAUUAUCGUACAUAUUUUUUCAUGCUCACGGGGUCGGGCGCGCGCACGUGGACGGCCGGGUCCGUGCUUUUAAUCGUUUCCAACGGCUUUUUUGAGGGGCCAGGCAGAGAGAGUCAGAGAGUCAAGAGUCAGCAAAUCCAGGGUCCUUUUCGCGCUGGUGGGCGGUUUAUUGUCUGUGCGAAUGGUCCUCAGGAGCAGGGA